AUGGCAUCUGAAUCUUCUAGCUUCUCAGCCACUUCACAAGAUCAAAGUGAUUCUUCUCACUCAAAAAAAGUGGUGAAAACGAAGGAGAUUAAACAAGAUCAAUCCUCAAACACCAAUUCCAACAAUCUUAUUAGUUUCGUGAAACUUUUAAAAGAGGAUUUCGUUUCAGAGUCGAAUUUACUAGAAUAUGAUUUUUUUAAUCCGACCCAAAUUGAUUCAUCAUCUUGUUUUCCUACCAAAAACAACUAUGAAGGGAGAGAUGAAAACAAAAGUGAAGAGAAGAAUUCAGAUUCAAGGCUUUUCUCAUGCUCCUUUUGUAGGAAACAAUUUUCGAAUUCACAAGCUUUAGGAGGACACCAGAAUGCUCAUAAAGCAGAACGUGCUUUAGAAAAAAUGCGCAAAGAAAGGUACGACACUGCUGGUGCAUUACAUUAUGGACAAUCUCGGUUUCACCCUUAUUUUAGUUAUCAAAACACUCUUUUUAAACCUUAUAAUUAUAACACAUUUGGGAAUAGAAUUGAUUCCACAAUUCAAAAACCACCUUAUUUAAACCCUAACCCUAAGUUUACUUCAAAUCGUUUUGGAUAUGCUAAUGGUGUUUUGUGUUUGCAAGAGAGAUUAAACCCUUCUCUUGUGUCAUUAACAAACAUGAGGAAUGGUAAUAGCAUGGUUGGAAAUCUAAGUAUUGGUGGUGGAACUACAUUAAAGAUUGAAGAUGGUUCUCAUAAUAAAAUUACCACUAAUCUAAAAUUUAGAGACUUUUUUUCACAUGUUGCUACAAGUUCAAAUUCAAAUAUGGAAAAUAAAAUGAUUGUGGCUCCCACUUCUACCAUGGAUGAUGUUCAUCAUUCAAAGUCCAACAUCGAAGGAGAACCCUCAAAUUCUGAAUCUUGUGAACUUGAUUUGUCACUUAAGCUUUAG